GUUGCUGAGUGGGCCGCAUGACAAAGCGAGACGUAACGUUUACAAGAACAGGCGUGGUGGAUAGGCCUUUCAGCAUUUAAAUUUCUGUAUUCCAUCUUGGUAUUAAAAAUGACUGUCAAAUCUUCUGCAUCAGGAAAUUCGAGUAUUUCUAACAGUAAAAAUGAUACUUCAUCAUUUGGUUACCGUGAUAAAGACAAACCAACGCAAGUUAGAUCGAGUAAUAUUACAGCUGCGAAAGCUGUGUCUGAUGCCAUUCGAACUAGCUUGGGCCCAAGAGGAAUGGAUAAAAUGAUUCAGGCAGGAAAUGGCGAUGUAACCAUUACCAAUGAUGGUGCAACCAUUCUGAAGCAGAUGCAAGUUUUGCAUCCAGCAGCAAAAAUGUUGGUAGAACUUUCCAAAGCUCAAGAUGUAGAAGCUGGUGAUGGAACUACUACAGUUGUUAUUAUUGCUGGUAGUCUGUUGGAUGCUGCUUCAAAGCUUUUAGCUAAAGGAAUCCAUCCAACAACCAUUUCCGAGUCAUUCCAGAAAGCUGCAAUUAAGUCUGUGGAAGUCCUCUCUGACAUGGCUGUACCCGUUGAUCUCUCUGACAGGGAAUCUCUUUUGAAGAGUGCUUCCACCUCGCUGAACUCAAAAGUAGUAUCUCAACAUUCCAGUCAGCUGGCUCCACUAGCUGUCAAUGCUGUCAUGAAGGUUAUUGAUCCAACAAAAGAUACCAAUGUUGAUCUACGAGAUAUUAAGAUCAUCAAGAAGUUGGGAGGGACAGUGGAUGAUACAGAGUUGAUAGAAGGACUGGUGUUUGCUCAGAAGACCUCUGGUGCUGGUGGUCCUAACAAAAUAGAGAAAGCGAAAAUUGGAUUAAUCCAGUUUUGUAUCUCUCCACCAAAAACUGAUAUGGACAACCAGGUGAUUGUGUCAGAUUACACACAGAUGGAUCGGGUGUUGAGGGAGGAGCGGGCUUACAUUCUAAACAUUGUCAAGCAAAUUAAAAAGGCAGGAUGUAAUGUCUUGUUGAUUCAAAAAUCAAUUUUAAGGGAUGCUUUGAGUGAUCUUGCACUUCAUUUCUUGGCCAAAAUGAAGAUUUUGGUUGUAAAAGACAUUGAAAGAGAAGAUAUUGAAUUUGUCUGCAAGAGUCUGGUUUGUAAACCAAUUGCUAGCCUUGAUCAUUUUGUACCUGAAGCUCUAGGGUCUGCUGAUUUAGUGGAAGAAAUACAUACUGGUGGGUCGAAGUUUGUCAAGAUCACAGGUGUAGCAAAUCCUGGCAAAACUGUCUCAAUUUUCAUGCGAGGAUCAAAUAAACUAGUACUAGAAGAGGCUGAACGGUCCCUCCACGAUGCCCUCUGUGUCAUUCGCUGUUUGGUGAAGAAAAGGGCUUUGAUUGCUGGUGGAGGAGCACCCGAGAUAGAAAUCUCACUACGACUUUCAGAACAUGCACGUAGCUUAACAGGGAUGGAAGCUUACUGUUACCGUGCUUUUGCCGAAGCUUUAGAAGUUGUCCCAUACACACUAGCUGAGAAUGCUGGCCUAAGUCCCAUAAGUACUGUUACCGAACUGAGGAAUCGGCAUGCUCAGGGCGAAAAAACUGCCGGAAUAAAUGUUAGAAAAGGAGCUGUAACAAACAUCCUGGAGGAGAACGUUAUUCAACCGUUACUAGUGUCAACUAGUGCUGUUACACUGGCAGCAGAAACUGUACGAAGCAUUUUGAAGAUAGAUGAUAUUGUUGCCACCGUUCGUUGACUUUGAACAAGAACCAUUUUUGAUCCUGCUGCUAUUUUUUAAUUUUAUCUGAACUUCAGUUUUGGUUUAUUAAAUUGUUUUUGAGAACAAAUAUCCAUCUUAUUUCAAAGAUAAUAUAAAGACUGCAUUCUAUAGUUUGAUUUUUUUGGUAGAAGUUAGAAACUUAAACUACACCUCUGGUUUAUAUUGUGAGUACCAAAGAAAGUAUUUAAACUUACAUAUUCCCAAAUCAUACUCUGAUAAGAUAAACUCAAGUUACUUUACCAGUAAUUUUUUUUUAUAAACAAAUAUUUUCAGGUGGUUCAUAAAAAGAAAAGUUUUUUAUUCUACAUUUAUUGUAUUGGUAAUGCCACUAAUAAGAAAUUAUUCUUGCACUAAUGUAUAAGGAAAUUCCCCAUCAAUGUCUGAACGUUUUUAUUUUCAUUAAUAUGUUUCACUAACUCCAACAGGGUGCUAUUUAUUUAAAGUAGUUCUUAACUGAUACUUCUAUUCUUAUUGUUCACCAACAUUUUUACUUCAGUUGUAGUGUGAAUGUUGUAUCUGAAUUUUGCCUGUAGUUGUUGUAGCUUCCCAAUAAAAACCCAAAUGUUUCCUGCUA